UAUAGCUGUUUCGCACUAGCACAUUCGAUUGUCUCUGAAAUGUGUUUUUAUUUGUUUUAUUUAUUUGUUUUUAUUAACUGUAAUAUUUACAGUCUAUGGUUUUUGUGUGCUCAUGUCAGGGAAACUAGACUGUAGGUUCCGGCUGACUAGUUCCCAUGGCAACAACAAACGCGGUUGCUUGUUUGCUGGCGGGGGGGACUAUAGACAAACCAGUUAGCUUCAUAAUCAGAUAACUUUUUUUUAUCUUAAAGUCAAUAUCUGGACUAUUAUUGUAAAGUUGCAAAGCUGCUGUCCAACGGUUCAACAGUACAUCAAGCCAGUGAGUCAUUAUUAGCUUUAAUGCAUCGCAGUAGGUCGCGCUAACUAACCUGACAGUGACCAGCAUGUCUGACAUGGAGGAAGAUUUCCUGUCCGACGUAGAAGGAGAUGAAGAAACUCGACAAGAUGAAGUCGGGGAGGAUGAGAAGGUACAGGUUUGCCAUUUGACCCUAGAAACCAUCAGUCAAGGUCUCUCAUUACUGUGUCGCACAGGCAAUGGACUUGGACAUGCUUUUGUCAAAAUGGACCUAAAAGACUGUGGACUCAAUGAUAUAACUGCAAUCAGCAGUUUUAUUUACAUACGUUUUCUGGAUCUAUCCAACAACCAGCUCACUGAUCUUUCUCCUCUGGCAUCUUUGACCCAGCUCCUCUGGCUGAAGGUUGACAAUAAUGCUGUGGCGUCCUUCAACGGGCAUCCUUUUGAACACUUGACCUACCUGCAGUGGCUGAGUAUGGCAGGGAACAGGCUUACAGAUAUGGAGGGCCUCGUUGGCCCUGCUCUGGAGAAACUCAAUCUGGCAGGUAAUGGUAUUCAGAGACUGAAUGAACUUCAAGAUAGCUGUUUUGCUAACCUGGUAACUCUAGAGCUGAGGGGAAAUCAGCUGGAUACCACAGAUGGCAUCAACCUCCCCAACCUGCAGCAUUUAUAUCUGGCUGAAAAUUCUAUAAAACAUCUGGAAGGUUUGGAGGGAUUAGAGCGCCUCGCUACCCUUCACCUGCGAGACAACCAGCUUGAUACUCUGGAAGGUCUAAGCUCCAACAUGAAGUGUCUCCAAUACCUCAAUGUCCGAGGAAAUGUAUUGUUAGACAAGAAAGCCAUUGAGUCUCUUGGGCGUGUGUCAAAAACUCUUAAAGCUUUGGUCCUUUCUGAGAAUCCUCUGAUGGAAGCCACCGACUACCGUCUGAGCGUACUGAUUAUCCUGCCACAGCUGAAACGACUUGACAAAGAUCCUGUUUCCCCUGACGAGAUGACGGAGGCCUUGAUGAGAAUAAAGGAACUAAAAGAAGAGGAAAUACCUGCGCCAUAAGAUUUGCAAUGAAGACCAAAAUGAGGAAGUGCUUGACUUCCUUGAAAAGUCAGGCUUGGUGUGAUUGUGUUGUCUGAAAACAAUCAUAAUUGUGAAAGAGCAUUUUUUUUGUGGUGCUUUGCCCCAACCAUAAAUCAAUCAUUACACUAG